AUGAGCGCCCACGUCGUGGUAAUCGAUGCCACAGCGAAGCGGGCAACAAUCAAGACAACACCGGCCAAACAUUUGACAGACAUUUUACAAGAAGCAUGCUCAAAACUUGGAUACAACGCAAACCAAUAUGGCCUUAAGCACAAUCGCAAACAACUGGACCUUUCCCUCUCUUUCCGGCUUUCAGGCCUUAGCUCCGGUGCAAAGCUGGAGCUUGUCCAAGCAUCUCGCUCUCCCUCUGUCGUUACAGUUGGUCUCCAAUUGCCAGAAUCCGAAGCUCAUGGUGCUCCCAAUGGACGCAUACUAGACAAGUUCCCAAGCACUACCACACUUUGGCUUAUGUUGCGCAAGUUUGAAGCGGGUGUGGCAGGAAGUGGACAAGUACGAAAUCUUACGGCGCGUGGGGUACCUUCUACGACCGACGGCGAGUCUGGUUCUGGGCGGUUAUUCUACGAGAUCCCCGUUCUCCGGAUUUUGGAGCGCGAAUUGUCCAGCUUCACAGAUUUACAAAAAUCACUUGCACAGCUGGGCUUCAAUAACGGCAGCGUAUUGAUUCGACUCGGCUUUCGACGAACGGAAGAGCCACUCGAGGAAGCGAUGGUGAAGAUUGGGGAAUACUUCAAGUCAACUGGGGAUGAUACACCAAUGCAAGCACAAAUUCAAGCUCCCUCGGUUCCUACUCCGGAAGGCAACACCGAACAACCAGAACAAGAAACUGCCAGCGAACCAUCUGCCCCAAAUACUGUGUCCGCAGCAGUUCCUGAGCAACCAUCGCCGACAUCUACCCGAUCUGUAACCGUCUUCUCCCCUCCAUCCGCCGACACGCCGUUCUCCGCACAGGCACCAUACAAUGAAGAAGACUACAUCCCCUCUAUUGAGCACGCGACAGCCCACCAACGUCAACUUAAUGAGUCCUCUCGUCCAAAGCGCCUACCGACAGAUGCCGAAAUCGCCGCCAAAGCCGCCGCAGAGGAACAACGCCGCGCAGAUAUCCGUGAAGUAGACGUGAAAAUUCGCUUUCCAGACCAGAGCCAGGUUGUUGCCAAAUUUGGCCCUUCGGAUACUGGCCAGACUCUCUAUGACUUCGUGCGUAGCUGCCUGGUACCCACAUACGCAGAAGUGAAAUUUGCCUUGAACGCUUUCGCUAGCACAACACCAGCUCGCGCCGGACAUGCGAAUGUUAUUCCAGAAAACCAGACCCUUUUGAUCAAGGGUCUUAGGCUGGAAGGAAGAGUUCUUGUCAACUUUACUUGGGCUGAUAAUGCAAGCUCUGCCACGCAUCAGCAGCGGACGGAUAUCUUGCGGCCGGACCUCCGCAGUCAGGCUCAGGAGCUUAAGGUUGAACAAAUACCUGAUCCUGUGCAGGAGUCUGUAAAGGCACCGACAGAAGCAGGCCCUAGUGGCAGUGCAGACGCAAGUAAAUCUGGAGGAAAGAAGAGUGGAGGUGUGCCUAAGUGGCUGAAAUUGCCUGGCAAGAAAUGA